GCGCCGCAGGUCAGUUCCAGCACACGGUGCGAAGGGAAGGAGGAUGGAAGAAGGAAACGCUGCCAAGGAAAGAGUCCUCAUUACUGGAGGAGGGGGUUAUUUUGGCUUCCGUUUAGGUUGUGCCAUAUAUCAAAAGGGAGUGGAUGUGAUCCUCUUUGAUGUGGUGAAGCCCCUUCAAACCAUGCCAGAGGGAAUGAAGUUCAUGCAGGGGGAUAUCUGUUGCCUGUCAGAAGUGGAAGAAGCUCUCAGAGAUGUAAUCUGCGUGUUCCAUAUCGCUUCCUAUGGAAUGUCUGGCAGGGAGCAGCUGAACCGAAAACUUAUAGAAGACGUUAACGUGAAAGGAACAGAAAACGUCAUCCAGGCCUGCAAGAGCAGGGGAGUGCCCAGCCUGGUUUAUACAAGUACCUACAAUGUGAUAUUUGGAGGCCAGAUUAUAGAAAAUGGGGAUGAGUCUCUGCCUUACCUACCUCUGCACCUUCACCCUGAUCACUACUCCAGAACGAAAUCCUUAGCUGAGAUGAAGGUGCUGGAGGCAAACGGUGCUGAGCUGGGAAAUGGGAGAGGUGUCCUGAGGACCUGUGCUCUGCGGCCAGCAGGGAUCUACGGGCCUGGGGAGCAGAGACACCUGCCAAGAAUAGUCAGCUACAUUGAAAGGGGACUGUUUAAAUUUGUCUAUGGAGACCCUCUGAGUCUGGUGGAGUUUGUACACGUGGACAACCUGGUCCAGGCUCACGUCCUUGCCUCCGAGGCCCUCAGAGCCAGCAAGCAGCACAUUGCUGCAGGCCAGGCCUAUUUCAUUUCUGAUGGCAGGCCUGUCAAUAACUUUGAAUUUUUCCGACCACUGGUGGAAGGUUUGGGUUACAAGUUCCCAACCUUGCGCCUUCCCCUCUCCCUUGUCUAUUUUUUUGCAUUCCUUACUGAAAGAGUUCAUUUCCUUGUGGGGCACGUUUAUAACUUCCAGCCCCUCCUCACUCGCACAGAGGUUUACAAAACUGGUGUCACACACUACUUCAGCAUGGAGAAGGCCAGGAAGGAGCUGGGCUAUGAGCCCCAGCAGUACAACUUGGAUGAAGUGGUGGAGUGGUUUAGAGCCCAGGGAUGUGGAUCAAAGCCAAGAAAUUACACCAUGAUGCACCUGGUUAGGGAUGGAGGACUGCUUGUGCUGCUGAUUGCUGUGCUGGUCUCCUGGCUUCCAUCUGCAGCGACAUUUUCACUCUGAAAGAUGAAAUGCUGAGGACAGAAUUUAGUUAUGUUCUCUGCUUACUCUUGGUUUUGACAGACAGGUAAUAAAAGAUUUUUUUAAAAAUACAUACUUGUGUGA